AUGAAACAGCAAGCCUUGAACCCAACUAUUGGACUGUUGCUCCAGCAACUCUGGCUGCUGGUGUCAGUGCAGUCUCAAGCGCAUUAUUAUCACCAACCCGCUAGACCGCUUUACUAUGCAUACGAGCCGCAACCUUUGCUCCGGCGUCUGGAAUACACGCCCUAUUCGGCACCCGCGCCGGCCACGCAUUUUCAACAACAGCCACCCAGCUUCCAGGUGCUCAGUUACCGGCCCAGCUAUCACCAUUUGGUGCAGCAUACGUUGCAGCAACAGCCGCCGCCGCCGCCGCCGCCGCCACCGCCACCGCCACCCAACCAGUAUUCACCGCAGACACAACCACAGCCCCAACGUCCAAUAGCGCCACAUGGGGAUCUGGCCAAGCAUCGUCACGAGGGUAACUACAUACAAAGAGCUAGAGGCGCCCCAUUGCAGGUGGUUGCCCCGGCCCCGGCCCCGGCCCCAGCCCCACCCUAUCAGCCACAGCUCGAGCAACAGCGUCGACUGGAGGAGGAGCAAUUGUAUCAGACACCACCAGCGCUCUUCACCAGCAACGUGCUACAUGUCCUGCCCCGUGCCGCUCGACAACAGGAGUUGUUGGAGCUGGGCGCAGAUCGUGCACGUCGUUACACGGACAAUGAAGACGUUUUGGCAGCUGAAUCGAAGGUGCGGCCAGUCAAGGGCAAACGCUACUAUCAUGACAUUUUCAUGCGCUUUUCCGAGCCCAACUCGCGCAGUUCUGGCCACGUACUAAAGCAGCCUGGAAAGCAGGAGCAACGUCUUGAGUUCCAGCGCGGCACAAACCGUUACAAGGGCGAGGUGAUUUGGACAGAUCGACAGGGCGGUCAUGGCGAGCAUCGCUGGGACUUGGCGCAAGGAAAACUCUGAGCGCCAAAUUAGCAUAAACAUUAGACUUUAGCUCAUUAAGAUCCUUCCCUUUUCUC